AUGCGGAGCGACGGGCCUCGCCGGCCGGCCGGGUUCCAGCUGGGGCUGAGGAACGCGGAGCGCCGCUACCUGACGGCGGAGAGCUUCGGCUUCACAGUGAACGCCUCGGCCCCCAGCCUGAAGCGGAAGCAGCUGUGGACCCUGGAGCAGGCCGAGGCCCCGGGCCCGGCCGCGGUCUUCCUCCGCAGCCACCUGGGCCGCUACCUGGGGGCCUCGGCCGACGGGCGGGUGUCCUGCCAGGCGGACAGGCCCGGGCCGGACCAGCGUUUCCUGGUGGCCGCCCAGCCCGACGGCCGCUGGGCCCUGCGGUCGGAGCCCCACGGCCGCUUCUUGGGCGGCUCCGAGGACCGGCUGUCCUGCUUCGCCCCGGCCGUGACGGCGGCCGAGCUGUGGACCGUCCACCUGGCCGCCCCGCCUCAGGCCCACCUGCUCAGCGUGAGCCGCCGCCGCUACGUGCGGCUGGGCCCCCGCGGCGACGAGGUGACCGCCGACGGGGACACGCCCUGGGGCGUCGGGGCCCUGCUCACCCUGGUCUUCCGGGACCCCCACCACUGCCUCCGGACCUGCGACGGCCGCUACCUCCGGCAGGACGGGAGGCUGGUGCGGGAGGCCGAACCCCGGGCCCGCUACACCCUGGAGCUCCGGGCGGGCCGCCUGGCCUUCAGGGACGGCGGCGGGCGCUACCUCACGCCCGCCGGGCCCGCCGGGGCCCUGAGGGCCGGCCGCGGGGCCGGGCCGGCCAAGGACGAGCUCUUCGUGCUGGAGGGCAGCCCCCCCCAGGUGGUCUUCGUGGCCUCCAACCGCAGGUACCUCUCCAUCCGCCAAGGCAUCAACGUCUCGGCCAAUCAGGAUGAGGAGUUGGACCUGGAGACCUUCCAGAUGCGAAUCGACCCAGAGACCAAGAAGCGCAGCUUCCGAUCCAACGCCGGGACCUACUGGACGCUGGUCACCCACGGGGGCAUCCAGUCUACUGCCACACAACUAGCUGCCAAUACGAUGUUUGAGAUGGAGUGGAGGGGCCGGCGUGUGGCCCUCAAGGCCAGCAACGGACGCUACGUCUGCACCAAGAAGAACGGGCAGCUGGCGGCCGUCAGCCACUCCGUCGGGCAGGACGAGGAGUUCACCAUGAAGGUGACCAACCGGCCGGUCCUGGUGCUGAGGGGCAGCGACGGCUUCGUCUGCCAACGGCGCGGCUCCAACCUGCUGGACGCCAACCGCUCCGUCUACGACGCCUUCCCCAGCCUCUGCGCCGACGGGGCCUACCACAUCCGAGGCCAGGGCGGCCGGUUCUGGUACGCGGCCGCCAACGGCAGCGUGUGCAGCGACGGCGAGCGGCCCGAGGACUUCUUCUUCGAGUUCCCGGAAGUAGGCCGCGUGGCCAUCAAGGCCAAGAAUGGCCGCUACCUGCGCGGCGCGCCUUCCGGAGCCCUGCGGGCCGACGGGGACGCUCUGGCCUGCUCCACCCUCUGGGAGUACUGAGCGCCCACCCCCCGGAUCCCCCGUGCCCC